AUGGCAGGACAAACAGGAAAACUAAAUGUUGCAUUUAAUGGACCAAUAAAUGACAGACCUAGAACAUGGUUAGAACAUCAAUUUAACAGAGCAGCAGCACCAAUUGGAAUGAAACAAUGGAUUAUAGAAAAAUUCUUAGGAAGAACAUAUAAACAAGAAAA